AUGGAUUCAAGCGAGCUUAACAACAGAGAUUACGACGAGGUUGCUGAUUUUCCAGGCAGAUUGGGCGAAAUACGCACUAGUGGAACGACCAGGAGGUCAUCCGGGAAUAAGACGCGUUCUACUUCGUCAAUAGAUGCAGCUAUUGAUGGACGCAUAUCAAUUGAUGAUGUACUCGAGCUGAAGGAGCGAAUGACUGAGAAUGAAAACAAACUAAAUUCAAUUUCUCACACAAACACACAGAUUAUGAAGAUACUCACUAGCCUGCAAAACUCUAUGGAGCAUAUGCGAGUUGAAAAUAGCUGUUUGAAAGACGAAAUUGUUCGCUUAUCCGAACAAGCUGCAUUAGCGAGACGAUUGCCAUCACCAGCUACUGUAUCUCAUAUGCCCGGAAACCAUAUCGUUGAAAGGGCUCACUCAGUUGGCUUGGAACGCGGUGAACGCAUCGGACGACCGCCAAUAGAAGAAUCAAGAAUAACGAAGCGACACGGAAGUAUUAGUGGUUCUACGCCUGGAUACUCGAGAAUGGUUCCUAGUGGGAGAAUGAGCGCAGAAAAUCAUAGAGAACGAGACGAUUCCAGAGAUGCUUCUCGGGAAAAGUUGCGUUCACGCGAAAGAAACUUCGAUUCGAACGAUUACGCUACGAUAACCCCUGCUCCUCAAGUUGUGGCAUCCAAGGUGCAGGAAGCAUUCAGCGAAUCAGUCUUUCCUGACAAUUUAAUUCGAGAAACUGAGAAUCUCACCGUGGCGAUUCGAGCGUUACUCACAGAUGCACAACAUAAACAACUUCAUGGACGCUCUAGUGAUCAUGCUCACAAGAUUGCCACUCUCAUCAACCAUAUAAUUUGCUUGAUUCCUCGCGAUCAGCGUAUGGGUAAAACGGAACAGGCCGUAACGGGCCUCAUGGAUGCUACUAUGGCAAGUCCAAUGAUUCACGGACCUGGAAAAACCAGGACAAAUUUUUCUAGAAAAAAAAUACGUUUGCUGUCUCCUACCUUUAUUAUAGAUCCUCAGUGCAAAAUGCAAUGCGCCAAUCUUGGACGCUGA